UAGGCCUUAACUGUGAAAAGAGGUUGCAAGCUUGUGCAUCCAAACAUUAUCGUUUAAGGAAAAGCCUUGUUUAGAACUUGCCUUAAUCUUUGGAAAAAUACUUUCUAUACUUGGUUUUUCGAAUUCGUUCCUAAAGGAGGGGAUCUUUGAAAGAUGGUUUCACUAUUGAGGCCGCAAAUUGAGUACAAUUGGCAGGAUAUCACCUCUGAAUUCAAGGACGCGUGUGGUGUUUUAAAAGUAGACGAACUUGUACACGAUGAUAUGUUUGGCUUGUUUGAGGCGAUGUCGGCUAUUGAGAUCAUGGAUCCAAAAAUGGAUGCAGGAAUGGUUUGCAAAAACACACCACGAAACAUCAUGCAGUUUAAAGAUGCAGUUUCUUGUGGGAAUUUGAAGGUCAGCGGUUUUCAGCCAAACGAACUUCUUGGCAUUAUAGAUGAGCUCCUAGCUUGUUUUGUGACAUGGCUUGAUGGGCACUCACUUAUCCAGACUGUUUUCAUUUGCCUAUACACACACGACACAAACCUGAUUGAAGACCCAGUAUUAAGAGCAAUCUGCAUAUCAGUGCUAAAGAUGGUUGAUGUGGUUAGAAAUAUUGUUGGAAGAGCAAAAGUGUAUGAAGAGGAAGACUUUCAAACACUUUCAUAUGGAUUCAAAUUAGGCCUGGAUGUAACAGAGCUGAGAAUAUCUGGUAUGCUAAGAGAGGCUGAAGAGGAGAUUUCACGUCAAAUCAAGGCCCAGCUCAUUGAUAUGAAACCAGAGGACAAAAGUGUUGAUGCUCUCAAGGGCAUAAAACUAAGAUUGAAAAUAUGGCGUGCAUUUUACUGUGCCCUUAUUACUUUUGAAAAACCAGAUGUUGCUGAGGUAAACAAAGCUAAAGAAUGGCUGGGAAGUGCAUUAAAGUUAAUACCUGAAGCCAUAGAAUCACUUCACCUUGGCUUACAGCUUGAAAAACGUGAAGGCAGUUCCAGUGAAACAUCCAUGCUUGGCUUUGACUCCCUUGUCAACCAUAGGCUACUACCCCCAUCUUUCCCUAGGGAAAUAAAUGUGGUUGGUAGGAAACAAGCUUAUGAUUAUGCCAAGGAACUGAUUCACAGUCUUCUUCAUGUGGCAAAUAUUUUGGGGCGUACAAACUACCAUUCUGUCUUAGAAUUUGUUUCAGAUUUCAGUAGGCAAAGUCCUUGUGUUCUUUCUAGAUCUGUUCUACAGUUACUUGUCUACCAUAAUGGGCGAGUAUUUGGAAAAUUACAGAUGUCUGAAAUGCUUCGUGACACUAUUAAGAAUUUCAACUGCUCACCAGUUCUUGCUGACAUGUCACCAUUAAAUAGCAGUCAAGAAGCAAAAGAUAUUGCAACAAUGUUUGUUGGAAAAGCAUCCAUGGUAAUGCUGUCACUGCUCCAUGGACAUGGUCAUAACAGGGCUAGGCAGAGAGAGAGGUUAGCAGAUACCCUUGAAGAGCUUGGCAAUUUGCAAGAAGAAGCAGACAAGGCUGACAGUGCAUUGAACCAAAUUCUUCUUGGAAUUGAUAACAAGAGGCAACAUCUUGCUUGCUUUGGCUCAUGGGUACUUUAUCAUACUUUGAAGGUUAUGAUAGAAUAUAUCCUUCUUGGGUUUGAACUGGAACUUUUCAACCCACACGAGUUUCAUUAUGUGUACUGGUACCUAGAUUUUCUUGCUGGAUGGGGGAUAAAUUGUUUGUCAAGAGCAGAAAAACUUGUAGUCGCUCAAGAACAAUACAUUGACAAAAAGUGUGGUAAAAAGGACAAGAAAAGAAAGAAAGAGCUAAUCACUGUUUGUCAGGAAUCCAUAAAAGAUCACCAGCAUAUGAAAUCUUUUUUCAUGGGAAUCAAGUUUCUCUGUCUAGGAAUUGUAAAGGCUUGUGAAGGGUUUGAAAAAGACAAGAAAAUCAAAAGACCUCAAGCAGAACUUGACAAUGAGCAAGUUCGCUUUGAACAUCGUUUCUCUGCCUUCAUGUGCAUUGACACACCACAACCAGUGACUUAUUUCCAAUACAAAGAUGCAACAUCUUCACUUUUUUCAAGUGAAAACACCACCCCAGCUUUGUAUCAAGAGGCUCAGAAGUAUUUUGAAAGAGCAGUAUCUACAUUCCAAAGGUUUAAUGAGAAGUCCAGAGAAACAGAAUCUUUGCUGAAAGUCGCAAAGACAAACUUUGUUGUUAUGAAGUUGGCUUGUUCUGGACAUAAAAAGGAAUCUAAUCAAUUAGUUGAAUGGGACUUUACAGCUAGUUCAAGUUUUCCUGUAAUCAAGUUGCUCUGAGACUGACACUUAACAUAAAUUGUUAAAUUGUCGAAGAAGAGUUGAUAAUUUUUUGUGAUCAAUGUUGUUGUUCUCUUCAGUUUUCUAUUUGAUGAAAAAAUUAAAUGCA